AUGGCUCCGAAUCCGAUACAUAUCCAAGUCCCUCCGAGCGGUCCGCCUGGGUCUUCUCUACCGAGUCCAUCACCAGCUAGAUGGGCUACCACCACUUUGAGAGUGGGUGGCAUGACGUGUGGCGCAUGCACUUCGGCUGUUGAAGCAGGCUUCAAGGGCGUCGAUGGAGUCGGCAGCGUGUCUGUGAGCUUGGUCAUGGAGCGCGCCGUGGUAAUGCACGAUCCCCAACGGAUAACCGCCGAACAAAUACAAGAGACCAUCGAAGACCGUGGCUUCGAGGCAGAAGUCAUUGCGACAGACCUGCCCUCGCCGCUCCUUACCUCGAAACAUCCUACCGCCGAAUAUGCAGACGACGACGAGCCGGGAACGACCGUUACGACCAUCGCUGUAGAGGGAAUGACAUGUGGAGCCUGUACCUCGGCUGUAGAAGGGGGCUUUGCGGAUGUGACGGGAGUCAAACACUUCAGUAUAUCGUUACUGUCCGAAAGAGCAGUCGUAGCACACGAUACAACGUUACUGCCGGCCGAAAAGAUCAUCGAGAUCAUCGAAGACCGAGGGUUUGGCGCAACUCUUAUCGACAGUGAGGUAUCAAAGCCCGUCAACAAGGGGAAAACCGGGGGCGACGACACUCCAUCUGCCGCGACGACUACUGUUGCGAUUGAAGGCAUGACAUGCGGCGCCUGCACUUCCGCCGUCGAGGGAGGUUUCACUGGAGUCGAUGGUAUCCUACGGUUCAACAUCAGCUUAUUAGCUGAGAGGGCUGUCAUCACGCAUGACCCGACCAAGAUAUCGCCAGAGAAGAUCGUCGAGAUCAUCGAUGACAGAGGAUUUGAUGCCAAGGUUCUGUCGACGCUCUACGAUACCCUGGAUCACUCCGGGACAUCAUCCACGAUCCAGUUCAAGAUUUUUGGCGAUCCAGAUGCGGCGGCUGCCAAGUCCAUCGAGGAAGCCCUGCUUGCCUUACCUGGCGUCAGCACUGCAAGGCUGAGCAUGUCCACCUCGAGACUCACAGUCUCCCACCAGCCGGGUGUUACCGGACUACGAACGUUCGUUGAGGUGGUUGAAGGCCUUGGGUUCAACGCCUUGGUUGCUGACAACGACGAUAACAACGCCCAGUUAGAGUCAUUGGCGAAAACGAAAGAGAUUCAAGAAUGGCGAAGAGCCUUUCAAGUCUCGGCAUCAUUUGCAAUUCCGGUCUUCCUCAUUGGCAUGGUCUUUCCCAUGGCCCUUCCCUUCCUGGACUUUGGCGGUGUGGAACUGCUCCAGGGUCUUUUCCUGGGCGAUAUUAUUUGCUUAUGUUUGACGAUACCCAUACAAUUCGGCAUAGGAAAGCGCUUCUACAAAUCAGCCUACAAGUCCGUGAAGCACGGUUCCCCUACCAUGGAUGUGCUUGUUGUUUUGGGCACAUCCGCUGCCUUCUUUUUCAGCGUCUUUGCUAUGCUUGUCUCCUUCUUGUUCCCACCACACACCCGGCCGAGUACCAUAUUCGACACGAGCACAAUGCUCAUCACCUUCAUUACUCUUGGUCGGUUCUUGGAGAACCAUGCCAAGGGUCAGACCUCGAAAGCCCUCUCACGCCUCAUGUCACUGGCACCAUCCAUGGCCACCAUCUACGCCGACCCUAUCGCGGCCGAAAAAGCUGCGGAAGGCUGGGAUGCAAUCGCUGUUUCUGGCGAGCCAAAGACGCCUGGGCGCGAUGGCAAUGCCGCUGAAGAGAAAGUGAUUCCUACUGAGCUCAUCUGCGUUGGUGAUAUUGUCGUCAUGCGUCCCGGUGACAAGAUCCCAGCCGACGGAGCAAUCGUUCGUGGCGAGACGUACGUGGAUGAGAGUAUGGUGACUGGCGAGGCUAUCCCAGUGCAAAAGAAGAAGGGAAGCAACGUCAUUGGCGGGACGGUCAACGGGCACGGUCGAUUCGACUUUCGAGUGACGAGGGCUGGUCGGGACACUCAGCUCAGCCAGAUUGUCAAGCUCGUUCAAGACGCACAAACUACCAGAGCUCCUAUCCAACGGCUAGCCGAUAUCCUUGCCGGCUAUUUCGUUCCGACCAUUCUCAUCCUCGGCUUCCUCACAUUCAUCGUCUGGAUGGUCCUCAGCCAUGCGCUGACGAACCCUCCCAAGAUUUUCCUCCAGGCGGAAAGCGGUGGCAAGCUCAUGGUCUGUGUCGAACUUUGCAUAUCGGUCAUUGUCUUUGCUUGUCCUUGCGCUUUAGGGUUGGCAACCCCAACUGCCGUGAUGGUCGGCACAGGCAUUGGCGCCGAGAACGGUAUCCUGGUCAAAGGAGGUGCAGCCCUGGAGAAUGCCACCAAGAUCACUCAGGUGGUCCUUGACAAGACUGGUACCAUCACCUAUGGCAAGAUGAAUGUUGCGACCGCGAAACUACCAUCCGUGUGGCAGGACAAUGAUUGGCGUCGACGUCUCUGGUGGACUAUCGUGGGGCUUGCUGAGAUGGGUAGCGAACAUCCCGUUGGCAAAGCUAUUCUAAGAGCUGCACGCACCGAGCUUGGCCUGGACAUUGAUGGGACAAUUGAAGGCAGCGUGGGCGAUUUUACAGCCGCUGUGGGCAGGGGUAUCAAGGCGAUGGUGGAACCUGCGACCAGCGCCGAACGCACUCGUUAUAACGUCCUGGUUGGUAGUGUUCGCUUCCUCCGUGAAAGUGAUGUCGAGGUACCAGAGAAUGCCGUGGAAGCUUCGGAAGAGAUCAACUCGAAAGCCAACAGGUCGAAAUCAUCAACUUCGGCAGGUACAACAAAUGUCUUCAUCGCCAUCGACGGAAAAUAUGCCGGCCAUAUCUGCCUUGCCGACACGAUUAAGGAAGGAGCUGCUGCUGCGAUCACGGUUCUUCAUCGCAUGGGCAUCAAGACGGCAAUCGUGACUGGUGACCAGCGAUCCACUGCCUUGGCUGUUGCAUCCCAGGUCGGCAUAUCCCCUGAUAGCGUGUUUGCCGGUGUAUCUCCAGAUCAGAAGCAGGCUAUCAUCCUACAGAUCCAGGAACAAGGAGAGUGUGUUGCCAUGGUUGGUGAUGGCAUCAAUGAUUCGCCUGCAUUGGCUACCGCUGAUGUCGGUAUCGCCAUGUCGAGCGGCACUGACGUCGCCAUGGAGGCGGCUGAUGUGGUCUUGAUGCGCCCUCACGACUUGAUGGACGUGCCUGUGGCUCUCCAUCUCGCACGGACAAUCUUCAUGCGGAUUAAGCUCAAUCUCGCAUGGGCUUGCCUGUACAACAUUGUCGGACUCCCUUUCGCUAUGGGCGUGUUCCUUCCUCUGGGCUGGCAUCUACAUCCCAUGGCUGCCGCUGCCGCUAUGGCUUGCAGUAGUGUAAGCGUUGUGGUCAGUUCUCUACUCCUGAAGUUUUGGAAGCGGCCGCAAUGGAUGGACGAGGCUUUGCUGGCAGACAAGGGGGGAAUUAAGAGGCGUGGCCGCGGCUGGGGCUUCGAUCGGGUCGUUACUCGAGUACAGGACCUCGCAGGCUCUGUACUCGGCAGGAGGUCAAGAAAGGACGAAGGAUACGUCCAGUUGGAUACACUUGAUCGCCCCUAA